AUGUCAGCCACGCUGGUCGAAUCGGCCUUGGCCGCCCCCGCCCCCGCCUCGCCAGCGGCCUCCGAGGCCCCCACGCUGUCAGCAGAUGUCGGCGACGCAGCCGAGAGUACGGGGGCAGCUAGUGUGUCAGAUGGCGCUGCGGCAGCUUGCUCGGAUGGCAAGGAGCUGACCGUGCUGUGUUCUUGUUGCAGGCAGCACAAGCCAGCCUCAGAAGUUUACACGCAAGCUGCCAAUGAGCUCGCGGGAUCCAAAUGCACCGCGAGGUGCAGGAAGUGCAACUCUCUGAAGGAGCGGAUCCGCCGCGUCGUGAAGGGGGGGCACGUUACCGAUCAAGCGCUCGCUGACCUGGAUCCCGACAGCAGGGCCGACCUCUUCGCGCGCGGCGCGGACUUGUUUUCGGAUGACCUGAAGAAGCUUCUCACGGAGAAGGUCACCAACACCACCGUGUCAAAGGCGGCGCACCGCAUGAAGGCAGUGGGUGGGUUCGUGCGCACGGCUGAGCUGAAGGCGAAGAUCUUGGCGCAGCCUGGCGGGGAGGCUCGGUGGGCAAUGUACGAGCUGAAUGGCACCACGAUUCGGCACGACGUCACGGGCGAGGAGCUCAUGUGGAACCCCGAGUACUCGAUGGAGCUCAGCAAGUCAGAGGAAUCCGAGCUCGAGAAGAAGCGCAAGACGGAGAAUGCCGCCAAGGCUUCCGCCGCUACCCCAACGGAUCAAGAGGCUGAUGCAGACAACAAAGUGAGGGUGGAGUCUGCACCUAAGUCGUUGUCCGCUGGGCUCAUCAAGCGCAUCGCCGCAGCCAUCCCCAAGCUCGAGGAUGACGUCCUGCAGCUCAGCGCAGUCUUGCUGCAGGUCACGGCGCCUGAGAACGUGGAUAACUUCGCGCCGAAGAAGGUGAAGGAUGCCACCAAGGUGAAGAAUGAUCUCGCGGCGUCAAUCGUGACGCUGCAGGGGCUCGUGGACACGAAUACUGGCAACAGCAAAGAUAUCAACGUGUUCCUGAAAAGCGUGAACGGCAUGAAGGCCAGCGCCAAGGCAGCGAGCGCCGAGUUCAAGAAGAGCAUCGACGCCAUGCAAGCCGAGGCCGAGGCCGAGGUCGUGGAGGAGUGA